AUGCCCGUGGUGAUCGUCGGUGGUGGUAUCAUGGCAGCAUCAACUGCCUACUAUCUGGCUACACUAGACAAGUCAAGCAUCAUAAUAGAGCAAAAACAGUGGGGUGCUCAGCCAGUGGCAAGGCAGGCCGCUUCCUGGCUAGAGCCUGGUGCUCCUCGGCUGGACAAGGGGACCACACGAUCCAGCCUUAUGGAUUCGGAGACGGCUCAGGGUCUCUUAUAUCUGAAUUGUCCGACUGAUAGUGAUUAA